AUGCCCGCCUCCAGGGGAACGCAGCUGGUCCGCCUGGCGCUGCUGGUCGCGACGUGCGCGCCUCUGGCGGCCGGCCAGGUAACCUUCUCGAGGGACUGGAACGCCGGCAAGAGGGACGACGCCACCAAGCGGUGCGCGCCCCCGGCCCAGGCGACGGCAGCGCUACGCGACGUCAUCGUGAAAUACUUGGGACACAUCACGUAUUGCCACUUGAAGUCUUUUACUGGAGACCAUUAUGAAGACAAUGACAGUGUCCAGCGAUUGUUCGACGAUUUUGAUCGAGGAAAAUAAAACAAUACCGCUCUAAUUCGUAGAAGAUAUGUAGACACCUAGAUUGGUUUUUUGUUUGAUGUCACAUACACAGUUAUAGAAACAUUUGCGUCACAUUUACAUUGUUAUAUUUUUAAAAUUUUCUGUAAACUUUAAAACCAAUA